AUGUUGAACAUUAUAAUCAAUGUCAUGGAGAUCAUCUGGAGAACAAUUGUUUCAACACUAAUGCUCUUUUUCUUCUUGAGAUAUUUCAACAAUCCUCUUCUUCUUUUCUUUUUCCUCUGUACGAUUCUUUUCUUACUUAUCAUCGAUCGUAAUCGCUCUGUUUAUGAAGAAACCGGAGAUUUCUAUGUUUUGUACACUUUUCAAGAAGACAAUAUGCUUGAUGGUGAAAUCAUAGACAAGAACAGAGAAUGUUGUGAUUUCACAAGAUAUUACUAUGAUGAUUGUUUUAGCUAUUAUGAUGGUUUUGAUGAAGUUGAUAAUGAUGGUUGUAUAUGGAACGAUGAUGAAGAUUUUAGCCAAUGUAAUCAAGAUGGUGGUGAUGAUGGUAUUGAAAACCGUGAUGAUGAUGAUAAUCAUGCCUAUGGUGAUGAUGUUGAUGAUGACACAUUGACGAGCAGGAUUGAAGAUUACAUUGCAAACGUUUACAAUGGAUGGAGAGAAGAGAGACGAACCGACAAAUUGUUUGUCUGAUCUUUUCAAAACUCUGUUUUUCUCUCUGUAGUCUGUACAUAUGAAGAAAUUGUUGUCGUGUGGUACAUAAAUUUGGUGUGUUAAUGUGUUUCUUCAGCGCCGUUUAUGACUGAUGGAUCU